GUGCCCGCAACAUUGCCAUGUGCAUUUCCUACCUUAUGCAGUACACUCCAGAGUGCAGUGCACCGCCUUAUCCGACCGAGCCUUACGCUUAUCCAGCCACCUCCCCUCACUACUCACCCCCCUUUUAACCUACCAACCAACCUAAGCUUUGGCCCCAGAAAAUGACCAGCACGUUGAUGGUCUCUGAGCCUCAUCAGUCAGAUCGACAAGACCCCCAACAACAAGAAGAAGAUCUCAUUUCUACUCCAGCCCAACCAGGCCAGGAAGAAACAAAGACGGUAGUUCAGGGGUUGCAGGAUUCACCGAGUUUGAGUCCCACCGCUUUAGAUACUCAACAGGAAGAAAGUGAGAGGGAGGAAGACGAGGGGGCGUAUUACUGGAAAAGGGAGACCAUGGCGCCGUUGAAUGCUGUUUCUGCUGCGGCGGUUGCGAGGCUGAGGGCGUUCAAGCCGCCUCCUUUUCCGUUGUGGGAUCGGUUGCCUGUCAGUAGACGGGCGGCGGUGUUGUUGCUGUUGUAUGCGGACCGGAAGGGGGAUUUGAGGGUGGUGAUAACGAUGAGGGCGGCGACGUUGAGGAGUUUUUCUGGUGGGUUGCUGUGA